UCGAGUUGAGCUCUCUCAGGAUUUGACGGAGUGACUUAACCCACAGCUAAGUUUCAACAACGGAUUUUUAAAUUCCGAGUUUUAUGACAUACGUGAUAAGUUUAUAACCCGAGUGACAACAGAGGAAUCUAUUACCCCUAGAGUCACGGGGUAACAAGCGCCGACAAAACACGAGUGUCACAGGUGGACCAAUUGUAAAUACACCCGUAGGGCACAAACAAGGUGAAGUAUUUCGUAAUCGAGCCAUCACCUGUGAUGUGACUACUAAAGCAGGACAACUGUGUUCUUCCAUCCAUUUUUCCACGGGCGUUGUGGUAACAACACGUUUUCACCGCUAUAACGCGAGUACCGUUACACAGUGUUAACGGCCGUUGGAUUCUUCUGGUGUUAUUGAACGCAGCGUUAUAGUGAGGAAUUCAGGGGGCCGCCAUGGAACGGUACAACAAUCCCGUAUAUGAUCCCGUGUAUGGUGUGGAUCGUCAACAGCGGAUAUUUGAGCAACCCUCGGUGUCUACGGUUGGAAGGUCGUUGUCAAGGGAGGUCACUCUAAUCAUCUGAGGUCAGACGCAUAAACAUCCAAAAUGGCGACGUCUUGGUAUCCACCUCUACCAACAGGAUGGGAAGCUCGUUGGGAUCCGAACCAGAGAGCAUACUUUUUCAUUGACCAUGUCAACAAGGGGACAUCGUGGGAGGAUCCCCGCUUCAAGAAACCAACCCAGCCUCAAGCUGCUCAGGCACUCAGCCACACUGGUGGAGCUUCCCAAUCCCAUCAUGCACAGCACAGGGGUCAAGGUCAACGAGGGGAGAGCAUCGCUAUGCGAGAUAUGCAAAGACGUGGGCCUGGCGCACAGUCACAGCAACAAGACACCUCACUUUCGAGAGCAGACAGUGCUAUUGUACAGAAGGUCAAGGCUUUUCUGCCCACCUGCCCUGAAACUGUCAUCAAGCAGACUCUCAUCAAGAACCACAACCACUACGGACACACUGUGUCGGAGCUGUUGGGGAAGGGGUACACCAAGGAGCAACCGGUGUUACAGCUGACCAACACCCCAGCCUCUCGACUCAAGGACAUGUUUCCAGCGGCCACGGCCGGGGUCAUCCAGGACGUGCUCGCCAUGUGCAGCAACAAUGAAGAGGAAGCCAAGGAUCAGCUGAUCGAUCUUGGCUUUCAGCCAGCUCACGGCUCACGCAGUACAAGUCGAACAGUGUCUCCUAGCCACUCCCCUCGCCAUCACGAGACGACUUCCCACUCUAGCUCCACCCACUCUAGCUCUUCCCACCUCAGCCCCCGCCACACAACGUCCGGACACCGGCGCUCGAGUGGCAACCACUCACGCCACUCUGCUACGUCCCCACAACCAACAGCACAAGACAGGCCAAACAUGUCCGAGGCAGAGAAGGAGAGAGUGAAGUCCAAGCUCAAGUCACAGUAUCCCAAUGUUGGUGCCGACAUUGUGACAAUGGCGCUAGAAGCUACAGGCUACAACGAGGAGAGCGCCAAGAGAGUUCUUGGUGGGACAUACAGCUCUAAAAAUCAGUCUUCUGGACAACGAGCUUCUGCCAGUGCCAGCUUCAGCUCACAAAACGGUCGCUCAGCCUCUAAUAAUGCUCCCGUUGCCAUGGCAUCUGAGGCCAGCCUUGACCCUGUGGCGUUUACUGGAGACCGCCCAACGGCCAGCGAAGGAAGGACCCAAGGGUCUAGCCAUGCAUCCUCCAGCAGUGAAACAACCGCUCACGGUGCACGGGGGUCGUCCCAGGACAGGCGGGGUGCCACGCCCACAUCACAGCAACAGAAGGCAAAGCAGGUCACAAAGAUGAGCGAGCAGCUUUUGACUACCACCAAUGACAUGCUCAAUCACCUCGCAACCUCUUGUUGUCUGCGUGACGCCAAGGACAGUGUUCCUGAUGCUGACCAAUCACAGCACAGCUUACACAGCAGACAUCGUGUUCGCCCAACUGCAACUCACGUGAAGUCCCCAGCCCGACGAGUGGUCACAUCACAGCCCAGGAGGAAUGAGUCUGCGUACAAAACACAGGCCCAGGGGCCCAACCCAGCCCUGAGGAAUGGGCCAGACAAGACACUGCUGCUGUCGGAGUACACACCCACACAGGGCCCCAACCCAGCAAACAGAUGUGGACCCGACCGGGGUCGAGUUCAUGGGAGCCAGGGUGCCCAGGGGCCGGACCUGUCCCUCCGAUGUGGACCCCAGAGUGAGAUGCACAAAGGUCCAAGCAUUGAGAACCUGAGCGAACCAAAUGCUCUCUCCCUUCUUGUGUCGGCUGUCUAGACUCACAGUUAAAGGGGGACUAGGUGGACAAAACUUGGCAGUCCCACCAGCUUCAGUGGAGACAUUGAAGACAUGGACUGUUUGUCUGGUACUGACAUUUUCUGAUGUACAAGUUAGGGGUGAACGAUACAGCAAGGUAACGAUACGAUACGCAUCUCGACACAUAGGUCACGAUACGAUCACGAUACACACGUUCACGUCUCACGUGGAAACUUCUUGACUAUAAAUAUUUCAGAGCA